GUUGACAGUUAGCUGUCGUGUCGAACUGAUGUGUUUGAAAGAAUAGCUAAGUGAAAACAAACUAGUUUAUUGGUUUCCCCGAAGUUUGUCCGGCUUUAGGCCAAAAGUGUGGUCGCAGAGAAUCCGGGUCUUUCCAUCAUGGACGACUACCGCAGAGACUCUGUUUACCUAGACUUCAGCGGCAUGCCAAUCCGCCCCAAGCUUGAGAAAGUUCACGAGCUCAUAAGCAAGAAAAUCCAGCUAGACAUGGCAAAAGUCAAUUGCAUUCAGCCCAGCAUGACUAAAGCUCGAGUCAUAAUCGAGCUAAAGUCACAGGCUUAUGUCGAAGAGCUAGUUGCGGAGCAUAGUUCGAAGCAUACUGUGGAGCUAAACAACAAAGAGUAUGCUGUCCCAAUCGUUCCAUACGACAAUGCGGUUGAGGUUAGGAUUGCUGAUCUCCCAUCUUACUUCUCCACCGAAAUGAUCGCAAAACACCUAACCCCAUAUGGCGAAGUCGUAUCCACACAAGAGGAAGUGUGGAAAAACUUUUGGCCUGGUUUGCCCACCGGCGUCAGACUGGCACGAAUGAGAAUUCGCAAACCGAUUCCAUCCUACGUCCCAAUGACAACGCACACAGCCUUCAUCACCUACAGAAACCAGAUCCGAACAUGUCGAUAUUGUGUAAGACCGCUGCACAUCGGUCGUAGUUGCAACGAGGCUCGCAAAGAACAGGGAUUUGACAUCAACAGCCGCCUCACCGCGGCUCAAGUUGUUCAAGGUGUCAUCCCGCCUUCGUCAGCAAAUGAUCCAUCUCCAUCAUCCAGUUCAUCAACAACAGAAAAUGAAAUUGAAAUGCAAACCUCAGAUGGGGAGAUGAGUAACAACAACAUGCAGGAAAAUCCCACGACAACCCAAGUAACAACCGUUACAGACCGUAUGACGAGAUCAGCUGCAAAACAACACAGCAGGCCAUCUUCUCUCUCCCGUCUCGCCCUUGAAGAAUGCACACAAAAUCCUAAAUCAAGUCGCACGAGUUCACUGUCGAUCCAGAACUCCUCGGAUUUUGUCAUUUCCGAUGACAGUGAGGGAACAGUAAAUGCACCAAAACGACAACGAUCACAACAAACCGCUGAAUCCCAUGAAGCUCCGUUCCAGGAGGUCAAACGCAAGAGUAGGAGUCGCACCCACAACUCGUCUUCCCGGUAAGCUUUGCCAUGGGUAUAUGUCUUGCCGAAGCAAUCGCAGAUACUACUAUUCGUCUCAAGAAAAUAUCAUAUCUAUCUUUCACAACAACAAUGGAAAAUCUCCUCCGUUGGAGGCAAUCACAACGCAUCGCUUCUUCGACUGACAACACUACCGACGAGGGCUACUUCUGUGAGAACAUAUUUUGCCUGGCAAAGUUUGUCAAAUCCUAUGGCGUUACGGAGCACCGCGUUGACUACAUCAAAACUGUUGACGGUCAUGAAUACGAUUAUCAUUACCACGACGGUUCAGCGCCACGAUUUGAAAAGAGCAAACUUCAUCACCUGCAACAACCACAACAGCACCAACGAUUCCACAAUUUCAACAACCAUCAGCAACAGCAACAAGUGCUGAGAAGCAAGCGACCUUAUAAACAACCCUUAAAACAGCCCUAUUUCAACAAGUUUUUCACCUCGGGUAACCAAGAGCACAGUUUCGCAAACAACGAAUUCCAGGCCGCAGCAGCAGCCGCCCCUAGCUAUAGCAGUAUUAGUAGCAGUAGUAACACCAACUUCAAGCAGCAAAAUUCCAUUCCGAUCUUCGAAAGCCACGAGAAGAUCCGACAUUCCUUCAUAGACCACAAUGAUGACGAUGACGACGGAAAGACCAGUACUAGCAAUUUUGACUACGAAACAGAACGACCCAUCAAACGACGACCAAUUUCAAAGCCCAAACCGUCGACGAAACCAAGCUCGAUAAUCGAUACAAGUUUGCAUGGAUUCCGUACACAGAACAAUGGUCACCGCGUUAACCAGUAUCAUGGUUACGACGAUUCUUCCGAAUCGGCAGAGGCCUUGGCUAAGCCAUUGACCGGAUCUAGUCACUCUUCGGCACCGUUCCAUUUCCUAUCAAACAACUCAUCUCCAACGAACAUUCCCGGAUUCCACUAUAUUUCCGGAGGAUACUCCUACUUCAGUUCUCAUCCGGUGCCCAAGAAGAAGAAACUCCAGCCAAUCGUGGUUGAGUCGACGUUCGACGAUGACUCAGAUGAUGAACCGGUGAUUGCUACAACGACACGCCGACCGUACGUGGCCCCAACGCUGACCACGACUCCUACGCCACCUGCCAAGUACCACGCCCAACAGAGACCGACAAAAGCUCCCGUCCAACGGAGACCCUACAUCGCACCAGCACUGACCACGACCAAACAACCGUACGUUGCUCCGUCCGUGUUGCAGUCCACCGGUAAGGUCACCGAUGCCAGCCUGCUAGCGUUCGGCCAGAACGGAGCCAGCCGGUUCCGGUACACCAACAGGGACAAGGCAGCGGCCAGCACCACUGGCAAAAAAUCCGAAAAGCAGAGCGAUCUGUACGAGCCGGAAUUCGACAUCGACAUCCGGAUCGACCUGUCCAGUGACGCCGCGCAGUGAGAGCGGUCUCUCGCUAGCUCAUGCAAGUUUCCUGCUUAAAUAAAAAUCUUAAACAUCCUUUCUUUUCUUCCCUUUUCUUCUAGCCAAUAAAGAGAAUAUAGAUUUUUAAUUUAAAUCAAAUUGUUACGACAAAUAAACGCUGAGGAAAAUUAU